AUGGCAAGCCGCCACUUGAAUUUAGAGCAAAUAUCAAAUCUGCUAAAUGAAGAUGAAGAGGAGCCAUUUGAUGAAAGCGACGAUGAGUUAGGCAUCGGAGAACACUUAGCUGAACAACAAAAUGAUAAUUCUGACUCUGAGCAGAGAGAAACCGACUCAGAAGAUGAAGCAGGGCCAUCUUCAUCACAAUAUUAUAUAGGCAGGGACAAGCAAACCAAAUGGUCCCAAAACUCUUCAAACCAAAGAAUAAAACAAGAGCUCUCAACAUUGUUUUGCAUUUACUUGGACCAAAGGGAGAAGCUAAGAAUGCUAAGAGUAAGACAGAUUGUUUCAAUUUAUUUUUUGAUAAGAAUAGAGUAG